AUGUCAAAACACAAGAACAAAACACGGAGAACUAACGAAAAACGCUUGGCCUACAGAUUGUCUAGGGAGUUGAACAGCUUUUUGUCGGCUAACCUCAAUUUCUCACCUGAAUAUAGUGUGAAGAACAACCUUGACCUAGUAGAUAGAGUCAGAAAUAUAGUCCCAGUUGGCUCAAUCUUGGUAUCAUUCGAUGUCACGAAUCUGUUCUUUUCGGUUCCUCAACAAACUCUCUUAAUCUUGAAAGAUCUUCUUUUUCGUUCUGAUUUUUCUAACGAGGUGUGUGAGAGCGUUUAUCAGCUCGUUUCUUUGGUGAUGAGGCAGAAUUUCUUCGAGUUUGAUGGUCAAUUUUAUGAGCAACCUUACGGACUUAGUAUGGGUGAUUGCCUUUCGCCUCUUCUGGCUGAGAUUUUCAUGGCAUUCUUCGAGAGAACUCUUGUCUUUACCGACGACAACUCUUUCAGACGUUAUAUUACGUUCUGGUAUCGGUACGUUGAUGACAUUAUUGUAUGCUGGAGUGGCAACGCCCAACUUUUAGAUGAUUUUUUCCUCUGGCUUAACAAUAGACAUAUCAACAUCAAUUUCACAUUAGCAUCAGAACAAUAUGGCCCGAUCAAUUUCCUUGACCUCAAAUUAAAGAGAGUCGCGAACCGGAUCGAAUUUUCCGUAUUCAGAAAAGAAACCACUACCAGUCAUACCAUACACGCAGAUUCUUGCCAUUUCACCGGGCACAAGUUGUCAGCCUUCAGAACUUACAUUGACCGAGCCUUAUCGUUACCAUUGUCGAGAGAAUGCUUCCUUGAAGAGAUUGCAGUAAUCAAAUCCAUCGCAUCUGAAAACGGAUUUGAUCCCCACAUUGUAGACCAGUUAAUAAGGAAGAAAACCACCACCCCUCGUGACAACUUACCAACGAACCUGACGACACAACAAACAGACGUGAAGUAUGCCAGUCUACCGUUCUUUGGACCCAUAUCCAACAAAGUGGCUAUUGUAUUGACUCGUCACGCUGACUUGAAAAUAGCUUUCAAACCGACGAACACUUUAAGCCAGAUUUUAAUUCGGAAUAAGACACCUAUCCCCAAGCUUGAGAAGAGUGGAGAUGAGCUGUCCCUCCGUGUACAUUGGGCGAAGUGGAAGAGCAAUAGGUACAAGAGAUCGAGAACAUCUACAAAGUAG